AGAACUGGGUUCCCGCCAGUAAACAGGCCGUUACGGUCUCCUACUUCUACGACAGCGCACGCAACAGCUACCGCAUCAUCAGCGUAGACGGAACAAAGGUCAGCGCGUCUGCAGGAGCGCUGCAGGAGGCAGAGAGCUCCGCGGAGAGCUGGAAGACUCAGGCCACGCGGAGCCUGGAGGAGAACAACCAGCUGCGCAGCAAGAUCGCAGAGCUGGAGCUUCAGUGUAAGGAGCUGAGUGUGGAGAGAGAGAGGAACGCUCAGCUCACGGUCCGAAUUCAAGAGUUGGAAGCAGAUCUGCAGGACAAACAACAGGAGCUGGAGAAUCAGGCGGCGGAGCUCUCCAGCAGUGGUCUGCGUGAGCGUGUGGAGCUCCUGCAGGGUGAGGCGCAGCACCGGCAGCAGCAGCAGAACAGCCUGAAGACGGAGCUCAAACUCCUGAUGGAGCAGCUGGACGGCAAGAUCGACGAGCUGCACGAGGUCCGGCAGGGCAUCUCCAAACUCGGCAUCGACAACUGAACACACACACUCUGUCACUCUCACUUGGAUCGUGUGUGUGUGUGUGUGAUCUUACAUGACUGCUGGUUAAGGGCUACUGCUGAAUGGUGUAAUUUCUCUCUCUCACACACACACACCCUCACACACUGUAUUACACACUUACAUACAUGCACACACAAACACAGUAUAUUACACACACACACACACACACACACACACACACAGUCAGAGUGGUGGGUGUUUCCCAGAUCUCAGGGUUGUUUGUAAAGCUGUUAUGCACAAACUGAACUGCAGACUCCUCAAGUGCCUGAAGGUGGCGCUCUCUCUCCCCCUCUCUCCCUCUCCUGAAUCUUGAGUCUCUUUCUGAAAGAAUAAACAGUUUUUGUUGAUCAAAAUUGUACAAUAAAUGGUUGUGGGUUACA